UCCCGGCGCGCGCGACCCCCGCAGGCGCAGAUGGUUUCUUCCAGCUGAACUGAAGUGAUGCUGCUGAUGCCAGAUCGCUGAGGACGAGACGAUGGCGAGCGCGCUCACAACAGCCCAGUGUCUCUAAUACAGAGCAUCUAACAGCGAUGGACGACAGUGUCCUCCCCGACCAACAACAGCUGCUGGUGUUCCUGAAGAAGCUCAAAGAAGUGUUCGACGUGUGCGACGAGGAUGCGGACGGUUAUAUUCGUGUUGAGCACUUCGUGGACCUCGGUCUACAGUUCGGCCAAGGAGACGAAGUGAAGAAGUUUGCCAAGCACCUGGAUCCUAAUGCUCAUGGCAGAAUUAACUUCAGAGAUUUCUGUCAUGGAGUGUUUGCAAGCAAAGGCUGUGAUGAGAUCCUAAAAACGGCACUUGGGACCCCCAGCAUCAGUGCACAGCCUUACCAGACGGACAAUGGCUACUACUAUCAGCACGGGGAGGGGAGUCUGGGACCCCCGAUCAUUGUGUGCACGCGACCGUACCCAGAGUGCCAGCUGUAUUCUGAUGAGGAAGGAAUGGUCGGACGGGACAUGCAGGAGGCAGACAUGGACAGUGCAGGAGACAGCGGGGCAGGGUCUGAAUCUUCUGAAGGAGGACGUCCUGAUGAGAAAGAAGGACUGACUGGACUCUUUCUACGUGGAAACAGCUGUGGUCAGAUGGUGUCGUCAGCAGCAGCUUCAGUGAUCUCAGUGGAGGAGCAGUUUGAGGACUAUGGAGAGGGAGAAGAUGUGGACUUCACUCCCAGCAGCCCCAUCCCUGAUGAUGACACACGUACCAAUGGUUUCUCUGACUUGGGCUCGUCUCUGCCCUCCAGUGCUGGUCAGACCCCUCAGAAGAUCAGGCAUCUGUACAACAGUGAGCUUCUGGAUGUUUACUGCUCUCAGUGUUGCAAGAAAGUCAACCUGCUCAAUGACCUAGAGGCCAGACUCAAGAACCUCAAAGCUAACAGCCCAAACAGGAAAAUUUCCAGUACAGCAUUUGGUCGUCAGCUCUUCCACCACAGUAACUUCAGCAGCAGUCAGGGCAGCACAGAGGACCUGUUCAGAGACAGCAUCGACUCCUGUGACGUUGACAUCACUGAGAAGGUGAGUUAUUUGGAAAAGAAGAUAACGGAGCUUGAGAAUGACAGUCUGGCUAAUGGAGAUCUGAAAUCCAAACUUAAACAGGAAAACACACAACUAGUUCAUAGGGUACAUGAGCUGGAGGAGCAGAUCAAAGAUCAGGAGGCGCGUGCGGAGCAAUGUUUAGAGGAAGAGCUGAAGAGACACAGAGAGGCCUACAGUAAGAUGGAGAGAGACAAGAGUACUGAGAUUGAACUGCUUAGUAACAGGGUCCAGCAGCUGGAAGAAGAGAACGCAGAGAUGAAAGUGAAUGUGUGCAGACUCAAGUCUCAAACUGAGAAACUGGACCAGGAGAAGCAACGUAUGACUGAUAAACUGGAAGAUACAAGCCUGCGUUUGAAGGAUGAGAUGGAUCUGUACAGGAAAAUUAUGGAUAAACUUUGGCAGAACAGACAUGAGUUUCAGAAGGAGCGAGAGGCCAUGCAAGAGCUGAUUGAGGACCUACGGCGUGAACUGGAGCACCUCCAGCUCUUUAAACUGGAAACUGAGAAGCCCGGCCGUGGCCGUAACGCCGCAGGACUGUCCGAGUACAAUGCCAAGACUCGAGAGAUUGAACUGGAGCAUGAAGUAAAACGGCUUAAGCAGGAGAACCAUAAACUCAGAGACCAGAAUGAUGAUCUGAAUGGACAAAUUCUCAGCCUCAGCCUUUACGAGGCCAAAAACCUGUUCGCAUGUCACACCAAGGCCCAGUCACUGGCAGCAGAGAUAGACAAUGCCUCCAGAGAUGAGCUUGUGGAGGCUUUGAAAGAACAAGAGGAGAUCAACUUCCGUUUAAGGCAGUACAUGGACAAGAUCAUCCUGGCUAUCCUCGACCACAACCCCUCCAUCUUAGAGAUCAAGCAAUAGGCUCCUGAGCUGAGAGCGGAUAGAGGACUCCAUUCAGGCCAGGGGUGUAAAAUGCACCACCUCUGCCCCUUUACAUCAAGUCAUCAUGUAUUUACAGACAAGUAGCUGUCAAAAUGAUUGUGUCUCUCAUGUGCUUGUCUCACACACGUGGGUCACGUUUCCAUCACUGCUCAUGUCAUCACGCUGUGCGUUUAGGCUGUAGAAAUGACAGAAACAAGUGAUGAAACUGGAAUCUAGAGUAGAAGUGUACCUUUGCUCUCAGUUAUGUAUAAAUAUAUAUACACACUACCUCUGAGUAUGUACAACUCAGUGUUGUAUUCUACACGACAUGAACAAAAGAAGUAGAAUUAUAUUAAAUAUCACACGAUCACACCAUACAGGAGAACUAUACAUGCACCCUAUGGCAUGUGAGGGUUUAUUAUUAUUAUUAUUAUUAUUUGAACAUUUAAUCAGCCCUCAAGUAUUUCUUUAUAACGUGCUGUGUGCCUAUGAAGUCUUAACAGUCCAGCACUGAAUCAACAGACAGAGCAAUAGAAAGACAUGACUGUAUAAUAACUGUAAUCAGCAGAUUAGGGAACUUCUUUUGAAUGUUCUCUGCCAACACACGCUGUUGUCUGCUGUGAAAAUCAUAAUAAAAUCAUGCCAUGCCAUCCCAAGAUGAGAUACACUGCUGUUAACUGCUGAUGCUCUCAGUUGGGCUGAAAUAUUGAUAUACAGCUUCUAACUAUGGGUCUGUACUGACCAUCAGCAUCCACAAGUGAACACAGUACAGACGACACAGCUGUACAGUAUAGUAUAUAUACGUAUAGAAAGAAAAGUCUAUAGAAUAUGUGAAAAAGAAAGGUUUAUUUUUCUUAGAAGUCCGAGUUUGGAUGAAAUAGUCCACUGAAGUUUCAAGGAAGAGCUGGAUGUUAUACAUAAUGAGUGAGAGGUAAAUGAUUAUUAUAUAAUAAAGUCAUUUUUGUAUAACAAGAAGUACAAAAGCCCCAAAACCAUGACCAUAAUAAAGUCUGAUAUACCUAUAUAUAUAUAUAUACCUAUAUAUAUAUAUAUAUAUAUAUAUAUAUAUAUGUAUACGCACGCACACACACACACACACACACACACACACACACACACGUUUUUGUCAAAAGUGGGGACAUCCCAUAGGCAUAAUGGUUUUUAUACUGUACAAACUGUAUAUUCUAUCGCCCUUCACCAACCCUAACCCUCACAGGAAACUUUGUGCAUUUUUACUUUCUUAAAAAAAAAACUCGUUCUGUAUGAUUUAUAAGCAUUUUGAAAAAAUGGGGACAUCGGUUAUGUCCUCAUAAGUCACCCUCUCCUUGUAAUACCUGUGUCAUACCCAUGUCAUUAUUCAGAGUUGUGUCCUGAUAUGUCACAAAAACAAGAACACACACACACACACUAUUCAGAUAAAUGCUGUUCUUUUGAACUUUCCUCAAAAAAAAAAAAAAAAACACAUUCCACAAAUAAAAUAUACAAUAUUUCUUGAUCAGCAAAUCAUCAUAUUAGAAUGAUUUCUGAAGGUCAUGUGACACUGGAUCUCAAUUACUGGAGUAAUGACUGCUGAACCCUCAGCUUUACCUUCACAGGAAUACAUUUUUGAUCAAAUAACUGCAGCCUUGGUCAGAAAAAGACACUUCUUUCAAAAACAUGAAAAAAAAAACGAUAAAACAACUUUUUUUUUUUUUUUUUGAUCUUGUCACCUGGUCAAUAAUAUCUUGAUAUUGUACAUCAGUGCUAUGUGUAAAGGAAGCUGCACAUUGAACUGUACAUCCCAUGAAUGUAUCACCACGCCACUCACAUUAUUCUGUAUUUCCAUUUUUCAGAUUUAGCCAGUCAAAUACGAUGGGAUUCAGUAUUUUAAAUUCUUGUGUAGUCUGGGAAAGGAGCCAAAACUGCUACAUGCUCGACUGUCACAAACUAGUUUUGCUUUGUUGCACAAAUUGUACUGAAUCUAUUUCUUUGCAUGGUCUUAAUCUCUCUCUGUUUCUGCCCUUUAUUUGGAAUGUAACAAUGUUUCGGUUGUUUCAGUAACUAUUAUUCUGAUUGGGUAUAGAGGAGCCUUUAUAUCUUUCUGUUCUAUUUGUGUUGUAGCAUUUUUCACUCAUUGUAAAUGUUGUACAGAAACUAGUUAAUAUUUGUAUCGAUGUGUCACUCAUCAACCUUAAUCAAUAAAGGAAAGGCAGUCUUUUAUACAGUUUUAUGAGAAAUGGCAAGAUGCACAUGCAACUAUGUAAUGUAUACAUCAUUUGUAACCGUUGAAAUGAAGUGACAUCACACCGUCCUCAUCAGUGCUGAUGUCACAGAUGAGACUCGUUCUUCAUUAUCAAUGUAAAGAAAAGACAUUGGAUCUCGAGCAGUCAGUGAUUGCAAUCUUCUGAAAAAAACCCACCCAUAUUAAAACCUUAUUGUUUCAUAUAAUUUAACACUUGGAUGACCAAACCUAGACCCAUUCCCAGUAACAGUGUCAGUUUUGCACAUUUUAAAGAGUUGUGCUGUGUCUGUGUCCACUGUAACAGGUUCGACGUAACACCGUUUAAUAUGGGUCAUGGUUUUCACAACCUUUUUUGUUGUUGUUAUAGAAAAAGAAAAAUACCUUUUUUUGUCCAGUGUGUGGGUAUGUAUUACUAUUCCUCAUUUAAAUUUACACAAGUAGGAAAGGACUAAUGAAAACCGCUUUCAGAAAAUUCAAUAACAGUUUAAGAGCCUCAAGAACUAUGACAAAUUUGAAAUGCUAAAUAAAUGACUUGUUUUGGCAUGACUUGAAA